CUUCGAUUGCUUUCUGUUGUGGUUGUGGGAGACUCGGACACGAGCCCCGCUCUUGCAAAAGGACUUUUGGACAAGCUCCGCCUCAGUCUGCGUCUCUCGCGCUGUGCCGGCUCCUCGCUCCCUUCCCACGAAUCAAGUCGCACGCCUCGUGAUGAUUCACAGCUUGGCUAAAUUCGACCACAGAGGGGCGGAGUAGCAGCAGGUGGCGAGACGCGGGGUGAAUUUUUCCUCUGUAUUUCGUGGGGUUUGCGUUGGUGCGAAUCCUGGUGGCGUUGGCGGUGGCUUGUGAAGCGUUAGCAAGGUGAUUAGGGUUGAGUGGUCAAUGUUCAGAAGCGCUUGUGGAGGAGGCGGUGAUUCUAAGGGCAGGAUUUUGGGGACAAGCAGUCGGGGGAGUGGUACAGGAUUCGACGGGAGCAGGGAAUUUGGUGCCGCUAGGGUUUUGGCUUAGAGGAAUUCUGGUAUGCUUGGCCAAGGGAAGGUGGGUGCUUCGCUUGAAUUAGUGCCCAAUCGUUAAGGAACAACUCUUUAUUCCAAGUGUUACUAGGGAGCAGAUCGCAGUGAACAAGGCCAACAUGGACAACUCUUCUUGGCGUUCGUCCUUGGCGCAUGAUUCUCGUCAAAAAAUAGUGAAAAGAAUCAUGGACACGUUGCAACGCCACAUGCCAGUUGCAGGUCAAGACGGGGUCGAAGAACUGCUGAAGAUCGCUUGGCGAUUUGAAGAGAAGAUCUUCCAAGCAGCAACGGAUCAGCAAGAUUAUCUUCGCAAGAUCUCGCUGAAGAUGCUGUCCCUUGAGACUAAGGCCAACGGCAAUCCGCUCCAACGACCUCCGCCAGGAGCACAGGGAGCAACGGGAGCGCCUGGAGCACCGGGAACAGGUGGUUUGCAGAUGCGAAGUGUAGCUGCUUUGGGUAACGGGGUCCAGCUCGGGGGCCAGAACCAGCAGCAGCAACAGCUCCAGCAGCGGCAACAGCAGCAGCAGCUUUUGACACAAUCUUUGCAGGGCAACGGAGCCGGCGGCAUUCAAACCCCUGCCACUGGGCUGACCUCUAAUCUGUCCGCAAUGACCGGUGUGCCUCAGAAUCCUAUGGCAGCCAUGGCUGGUCAAGUCAUGAAUCCGACGAUGAUGAAUAAUCGCCUACAACAAAUGCAACAGCAGCAGCGACAAGCUGUUCAACAGCAGCAAGUCUCGCAGCAGCAGCAGCAGAACAAUCAACAACAACAAAUUUUGUAUCAGCAGCAGCAAAGGCUGCAGCAACACCAAGCUAUGAUGAAGCAGAAAUUGCAACAGCAGUCACUUCUUCAGCACCAACAGCACCAAUCGCUGCAGCAGCAGCAGCAACAACAACAGGUUUCUUCUUUGCAACAACAGCAACAGCAACCUGUAAGUCAGCUCAUGAAUCAAAACAAUGCAGCGCUGCAGCAGCAGCAGCAGCAGAUGCUUCAACAGCAGAUGAUGCAAUCCAAGCAGCAGCAAGCCCAGCUGCAACAGCAGCAGCAGCAGCAGCAGCAGCAACAGCAGCAGCAACAACAGCAAUCUCAGCAGCAGCAGGUUGCUACACCUACUCAAUCGCAACAGUCGCAACAAUCACAACCUAUUGGUCAGCAGCCUGGACAGCAGGGUCAACUUGGACAGCAGCAGUCUGGGUCAAAUCAACAACCGCAGCAGCGUAUUGGACAGUCAGGCGGCCUGCAGCAGCAGCAACAACAACAGCAGCAACAGCAGCAGCAGACAAACAUGCUACUUCAAGCUCAACAACAGCGUGCCAUUCCUGACACUUCUACAGCAUCUGUUGAGUCAUCAGCUCAAUCUGGGCCUACAGGAGCUGCUGCAGGGAAUGUAGAUCAACGUGAACUUGUCUGGAACAAGCUUCAACUUUUGAAGGAUAAGUAUCUGCAAGAUAUGACCGAGUUGUUUAGGAUGCUUUCGACUCGUAGCACUCAGCCUAUGCCUGCUGAGCAAUUGCAAAAGUUGAAGCAUUACAAAGAUGUCCUGCAUCGAAUGAUCCCCUACCUGCGUGUUCCCAAAGACAGAGUACCUAAAGAGUUCAAUCAAGAUAAAGUGGAUGCUUUUGAAAAGCAAAUUGUGAGUAUUAUGGAAACUUUCAAGAAGAGACGGCAGCCCCAAGCACCCCUACCUGCUGGGCCUACUGUUUCCGGUCCGCCUCCUACACAACAGACACCAGCUCAGGCAGUCCCUGCUCAGCAUCCUGACCAAGUUAGUAUGGCGCAAGCAUCACAGCAACAGCCAUCUCAAAUGCUGCAGAAUGGUCAACCACUUCAACAAAUUCCAAGUAAUAGCCAAGGAAUUCAAUUAGUUCAGCAGCAGCAGCAGCAGCAACAACAACAGCAUCAGCAACAGCAUCAGCAACUUCAGCAGCAGCAGCAUCAACAGCAACUUCAGCAUCAGCAGCAGCUUCUUUCACAGAUGCAGCAAGAGAAGCAGGUUCAGCAUCAGCUGGCUGGGAUAGGUUCACAGGCUGCAGGAACCAUGAUCCAGCCCACUAAUAAUGCACUAACAUCACUUCAACAAAAUCCAGGGACCUUACAGCAGACGCUUGCAGGGGCCCCGUUGCAAACAACUGUGGUGCCUACAUCACAGUCUGUUGGAGCUGCAAUGCCCACAAGCAGUACAGGGUCAAUGGGACAAAGUGCACUGACCAGCUUGUCGGCGAAUCCCAAUGUACCUGGCAAUGCCUCGCAAUCUGGUAUGAACCUACCGCAGUCCGACGGAGUCAGUUCGCAAUCUGGGGUGAAUACUUAUCAGCAAAGCCUCAAUAAUACAUUACAGCAAAGUGUGGUCGGAGGGUUACAGCAGAAUGGUAGCAGUGUUACUUCGUUGCCGAAUCAAAAUAAUGCACUUCAGCAGCAGAUUCUGAAGCAGCAGCAAGAGCAGCAUCAGCAGCAGCUUCUGCAAGCCCAACAUCAGCGCAUGAUCCAGCAGGAUCUGCAGCAACGGAAUCUGCAGCAACAACAGCAGCAAAUGUUGCAGCAACAGCAACAGCAGCGUCAGAUUCAGCAAAAUCACCAGAAGAACCAGGUUGCCCAGCUUCAAGCGUUGCAAGCCCAGCAGCAGCAGCAGCAGCAACAGCAACAGCAACUGCUAGAUCCAUAUGCAGAUGUGAAGAUAGAUGCUUCCCUUAAGGCUAAACAAGCUUCCGUCAAGCAGGCAUUGUUACAGCAGCAGCAGCAGCAGCAACAACAACAACAACAACAGCAGCAGCAGCAACAGCAACUUAAACAGAGGCAUAUCAUGCAAUUUCAGCAGCAACAGCAGUCUCAGAAGACUGGAUCUCCUCAACUGGUGACUUCUCCUCAAAUAUCGCAAGUGAUGUCGCCCCAACCUGAUCAAGCUUUUAAUGCCAUGCAGAUGCAUAAGACGGGCACACCGCCACAAUCAUUUCGGAUACCAUCCCCUUCAGCACUUCCAACCACGCCAACUCAAGACGAUGCAGAUCAUAAGGGUCUUACACCUGCCCCGAGCAGUGGAACACCAGGCACAGUACAGGCUUUCCAAACAGCUAUUCGUAACACUCCUGGUAUGUCCGGUUCAAUCAAUACUCCUGGUAUGUCGGUGUCUCCACUAAUGGAGAACACAUUGUCCCCAAGCCCUGCCCAGUUACUGAUGGUUCAUGAUGCUGCCCAAGCGUUUUCUCCUGGGACGCCACUUAUGGAUAAGACCAACUCAACGGAACCUCCGCUUGAGCGAUUGAAGAGAAAGGUUGACUCCAUGCCAAGGGAAAUCCUUAAGAAAGCGGUAAAUGAGAUGAAUGAUAUGGUCAGCUGUGGAGAUAAACUGGGAGCCUCUGCUCCAGGUACUGGUUCUCGCGCUGCAAUCGGGGAAGAUCUAUCAGCUAAGACAAGAUCAACGAUGCAGGCCCGAGCUCUCUCACACGAUAAUUGCAAUGUCUCAAAGAAGAGGCGACGUGUAGAUUCCAUAGCUCUAAACAUGAUAUCUUCUGAUGGAACAAUCUCCAACACUCUGCACAGGUCUUGCUACAACACAGAUGCUGAGAAUCAUAUGGUUUCACAUAUCAACAGCCCUCUGGUGAAGAUUACAGCUAGUUUGGAGGAGGAGAUAAGGGACAUCAAUAGCCGCUUGAUUGAUACGGUUGUUGAAGUCAGCCCAGAGGCUACAGAGGAGAAUGCUGCACAGGGCGGAAAUGGCAUUGUGCUUUCUUGUUGUUACAAGGGCAAUGCCUUGAGUCCAAAUAUAUCUUUUCUUCAAUCUAAAGAAUAUGCCCUGGUAUCAAGGGCAUCUCUGUAUUUGACAGUGCCACCUACGUACCCUGUACAUUUUCCGGAUAUUUGGUUUGAUCAAUCAAACCCUCAAGCGAAUCACCAUUGUUUCAAGGGAGCACGAGAGGAAUUUAUGAGGAACCUCCGUUGCUUGCCUCCACCCGUAUCUCUUGCUUCCAUUGCAACUAGCUGGGAUGAGUGUGCUCGAAAAUCAUUAACUGAGUAUGCUCAUCAGCAAGGUGGUGGCAGCUUUACCACUGCAUAUGGUACAUGGGAGACGACGGCUCAUCAAAUUGCAUGCUAAUCAAUUUUUUGAAGCCAUAUUGGUCCUCCCUAGUUACUGAAACACUAAGUAAGCAAGGUGAGUGAGUUUUUGAGAACGUUUGGUAUAUUAUUGUAUAGCUAUGGGAAUGUUUGUUGCCUUUCCUAUUUGUUAAGGUGUGGGAGAGUAAUGGCCCAUAGUAUCCUAUUGCAUGCGUCUCAAUAUAUCCUGAGGGAUUUGCAUUGAUUUAGUUGUGAUAGGGGUAGAAUCAUCAAUUUUUUGUAGAUAGCGUACCAGCAAGGGGCGCUGCUUGGAAUCGCCAGUAGCCGUCUUGUUCUAGAUUGCAAGUAAAUGUACAAAGCUUUUCAUAGUAGUUAAAAGGUUAAUGAUAAUUAUUAAAUUCGAGAA